CUAGAGCCGCCCACUGAUUGGCUGGGAUCGCGGUGUGUUGCAGGAAGCUCCCUGCUGAUCCGCUAUGGGAGACGGAAGUGUCGCCUGACUGGGGGUCUCCGGCCGGGUGUCAGUGAGCCGGUGGGGUGGUCGGGGGACACACAGCAGUGAGAUGAGAGCAGCCCCGGAGGGGGAUGGCCGCCGUCAAGAGUCACAGCCGGGCCGGGAAGAGAGAGGAGGAGAACGGCGCUCUGGACCGCUCCCUCCAGCAGAUGAUCUCAGCGAUAGUGGACGAGAGGAACCGCCUCAAUAUACGCCAGGAGAUCAGCGGCCUGGGUUGUUUUAAAGAUGACCGCAUUGUGUUUUGGACUUGGAUGUACUCCACGUAUUUUAUGGAAAAACUGGCUCCACGACAGGAUGAUAUGCUCUUCUAUGUGCGACGGAAACUGUCCUAUGUGGGCACAGAUGGCAUCGAAGGCAAAAAGGUGACUAGCAGAGGAGUACCUCGCAGGCAGGUAGAAGUUGAAGUCUAUCGAAAAGAUUCAAAGAAGCUUCCUGGCCUCGGAGACCCCGACAUUGACUGGGAGGAGAGUGUCUACCUAAACCUUAUAUUACAGAAGCUCGAUUACUUAGUGACGUGCGCUGUGUGUACGCGCUCUGACGCCGGAGACAUUCACAUUCAUAAGAAGAAAUCUCAACAAGUAUUUGCCUCUCCAAGCAAACACCCAAUGGACAGUAAGGGGGAGGAGUCAAAGAUCAGUUACCCCAAUAUCUUCUACAUGAUUGACAACUUUGAAGAGGUGUUCAGCGACAUGACCGUGGGAGAAGGAGAAAUGGUGUGUGUCGAGCUUGUAGCCAGUGACAAAACGAACACAUUUCAAGGGGUCAUUUUCCAGGGCUCCAUCCGCUACGAAGCUCUGAAGAAAGUGUAUGAUAAUCGGGUCAGUAUGGCAGCCAAGAUGGCUCAGAAGAUGUCCUUUGGCUUCUACAAAUAUAACAACAUGGAGUUUGUGCGGAUGAAAGGACCGCAAGGCAAAGGUCAUGCAGAGAUGGCCGUGAGCAGGGUUUCCACGGGCGACACGUCGCCAUACGGUACAGAGGAGGACUCCAACCCGGGGUCACCACUGCAUGAGAGAGUGACGUCAUUUAGCACUCCGCCCACUCCAGAGCGCAACAACCGUCCGUCCUUCUUUUCUCCGUCCCUUAAGAGGAAAGUGCCCAGGAACAGAAUAGCAGAGAUGAAGAAGUCGCACUCCGCAAAUGACAGUGAAGAGUUUUUCCGGGACAGCGAUGACGAUGGAGAUAUACACAAUGCAACAAACCUGAGGUCUCGCUCCCUCUCUGGAACGGGAAGAUCAUUGGUGGGGUCAUGGCUGAAGCUGAACAGAACCGACGAGAACUUCCUUCUCUAUGCACACCUGACCUACGUCACCCUACCACUGCAGCGCAUCCUGUCUGAUAUCUUGGAGGUGAGACAGAAGCCAAUCCUGAUGUCAUAGCAGAAAAAGUUGUCGCUGCCAUCGGAAAACUGAAACUUCACUGCCAAAGUGCCUCCUUGACCCGCAGUGGUUUCUUUUGAUAACACUACCACCUAGUGUCUGUGAGCAGAAAUGCACCGGGCGUAAUACAUGAAAUGGAUUGUUGUCCAGGCUGACUACCCCACCCUGGUCCCUGCAGUUGAAGAGGGUUGAAAAAAAUAAUAAUAAAAAAAAAAAAACUACCAGCCAAUCUAAAGUGCCUCUUUAACCCUCCCCAGGCUUACAUCACACAGUGUUCUGGUCGGAGACUUGAUUAAAAGGGGCUGCGUGCAAAACUAGCAGGCUUUACAAACAA